CGCCUCAGCGAGGGCGUGACGGUUUGGUCCGUUACUUUUGGCGGGCUUCACCUCAGCCCCAGCCCUCAGCCCCUGGGCAGUCGUUUCUGUUCGUCUGCGAGGGGUGCUGCUCGUGUGAAGUUCUGAGGAGGCUUGCCUCGCAAAUUUGAAGUAAUCAGUACAGUGUUGCCUAUUAAAAUACAGCACAGAAAUGAAAAGGAGUUUAUCUGACACUUCAACUCGCACCACAGCAGGUUGUUUGCCUGUACCUCUUUUCAAUCAGAAAAAAAGAAAUAGACAGCCCCUCACUUCAAAUCCACUUAAAAAUGAGACAGGCUGGGGAAAUGCAAAACCAGAAGUAGCUGAACUACAGAAAGCAGUGAAUGAUGGCCAAGGAGAACAUGAGAUGGCUCUUUCCCUUAUGAAACGACCAAAUGCAUCAAAUUCUAAUUUAGCAAAUGCUGGCAAAAACUUGUAUGCCUGCAGGGUAGAAGAGAAGACUCCCAGUUCUAAAUUUUGGAACAGAAAUGAGUAUACUCCUCUAAGUAACAGAACAGAUCUAAUAUCUGAUAGUGGAACUAUUCGAAAGUUUGAGAACCCUUCAAAUACUUUGAAAGCUGUUCAGCAGCAAAAAAACCCUGAUAACUGUAAUUCAUCUCAGCAUAUCAAAACAAGAACAACUAACCAAACAUAUGCACGUACAGGACAAUGGCCAGUGAAACCUAACACUGUACCAAGAAGUCUGCAGGAUCAUGGUCUGGCAUAUAAAUUUAACUGCAACAGUCAGCAAAGUAACAUGAAUGAAAAACAACUCGAUUGUGUUCCAGAAGACAAAAUUCAGGAAGUUUCAUCAUCUGAAUUAAAACCUAAAGAAAAAAGGAAUUCUUUGCGAAUCAUAUCUGCUGUCAUUGAAAGUAUGAAGCACUGGAGUCAAUAUGCUUACAAAACUGCGCUAUUAUUUGAAGUUUUAGGCACACUUGAUUCUGCAGUCACAUCUGGAGCAUAUGGAGCAAAGAAUUUUCUUUUGAGAGAUGGAAAGGAGAGUCUGCCUUGUGUUUUUUAUGAAAUUGACCGCGAGCUCCCAAGACUAAUUAGAGGUCGAGUGCACAGAUGCAUGGGAAGCUAUGACACAAAAAGGAAUAUUUUCAAGUGCGUCUCUGUAAGACCAGCAACUAUUCCAGAACAAAACACUUUCCAAGAAUUUGUUAAAAUUGCAGAUGUUGAGAUGACAGCAUAUGUAAAAACAAUGAAUGAAAUUUGAAACAGUUAAAAUGGUUGUCCGAGACCCAUUUUCAUUUCCCACUAUCAAAAAGGCUGGACAUCCAGCAUUUAUCCAAACUAAUACUGAAAAUGUGAUUAAACAAUUGCAAAUAUUACUAUGCUAUGUUAUCCAGCAAAUGUUAAUGACAAUGUUUUGUUUCCACUAUUACUCUUCAUAGUUCAUAUUUUAUAAUUAUCUGUGCAGGUUUUGUUGUGUAGCUGAUUAGAUUUUACUGGAAAAAUUCUGAAUUAAAAUGUUGAAGUUGCUUAUAUGUACAUUAUUUAUAUAGACUGUUCCUGCUUAACUAGGAUGAGUCAAGUUUUAUUUUUUAUUUUUUUGGAAAGAAAUGGACUGUUUAAUCAAUUUCAUCAAAAACAAAAA